GCCGAGAUCUCUCGGUUUGGUAUACCUCUUCUGAGUGGUAAAGAGCUCAACGUUCCAUUAGACUUCUCAAUUUUCCUGAAGAACGAAACAUUCAAUGAAGUGCUUCACCGUUUCGGUUAAGCAUUGCCAAGCGAUGGGAGAACCGGGCGACAUAUGUAUAAAAUCUCACCUCCCUUCCUUGUAGACCAGGUUCCUUUCCCCCUCUUCCUACGAGUCAUGGGAUUUCAAACCUCUCUCUACGUCUCUGUUCUCGCUGGCGUGCUUUGUGCGUCUCUUUCGGAGGCCACUCCCUGGCCUGUAGCCUCCAAACAUGCAACUCAUCGCAAACGACUGAUCGGUCGUGGGGUUGCUUUGGAUAUUUACCAUCCCCCAUCGAAGUUUCAAACCUUCAGGGAAGGGCAAUCUAUGGCUAACGCAGUAUCUUUUGACACUCCCGAGAAACUCAAGUUGAAUGCAAUGACAUGGUUGCAAAACAACUUGCAAGUCGAUUCCUCUAGCCUCGAAUGGACUUCAGGAUCAUGGAGUUCUGAUGGCAUUUCGAGCGCUUAUGUGAAGCAAGCCAAAGACGGUAUUCCUAUUAUCAAUGCUGUGGCCAACGUUGCCUUCAAGGGUAGCAGUGCCAUUAGUUUCGGAAACUCGUUCGUCGACACAUCCAAUAUCGCGUCUUCCACUCCGACGAUCAACAUGAACGAUGCGAUCUCGAAAGCGGAAUCGGUACUCGGUGGUACCCGGAACGAGAUUGAGCCCACGCUCAAUUACCUUGCAAAGCCCGAUGGCUCUGUGUCUCUCGUGCACGCUGUUCAAAUCCAGAACAAUGACACCCAGCUCUUUGUUGAGGCCUAUGUUGAUGCGCAUUUGGGAGAGGUCAUCUCGAUCACCGAUUUUGUUGCUCAUGCGACGUACAAAGUUCUUCCGAUCGACAAAAAGGUUAUACCUGAUGGUCUCGAACUGCUCAAAGACCCGGAAGGUCUCGACGCCUCACCCCUAGGAUGGAACGCUUUUGGAGACACUCAUACCACGGAUACCUCUGGAAACAACGUUAUUACAUUCAAGACCAGCGACGAUCGGACCUCAAUCCUGACCACUUUCGGUCAGGACGAGGACGGUCAGCUGACUUUCGACUUCACCUACGACCAGACUAAAGAUCCUUCCGACCCUAACAACCUCGAUGCUUCCCGUACCAACGCAUUCUACAUCGCUAAUACCUUCCACGACAUCCUUUACCGAUACGGAUUCACCGAGAGCACGUUCAACUUUCAGUUGGACAACUUUGAUAAGGGUGGCCAAGGGAACGACUUUGUCUUGGUGUCCGUCCAGGACUCCGGCGGUCUCAACAACGCCAAUUUCGCCACUCCCCCUGAUGGUCAACUUGCUUUAUGUCGUAUGUUCAUCUGGAACUUGACCCCUAUUGAACAGGACGGUGCUAUGGAGAACAGUAUUCCAAUUCAUGAAAUGACCCACGGUGUUACUAACCGUAUGACUGGAGGUGGAACUGCUCGUUGCUUGCAAACGCUUGCGUCCCAGGGUAUGGGUGAGGGAUGGUCGGAUGCUGUCGCCGACUGGAUGUCACAAACCUCGGCUGCAACUCAGGACUUCGUCCUCGGACAGGGCGUUACCGGUGACCCCGCCGGUAUCCGAAGCAAGCCUUACUCCGUCGACCCAGCUGUAAACCCUCUCAAGUACUCUGAUAUCGCGAAACUCGACGAAGCCCACAAUAUCGGAGAGAUUUGGGCCAACACCCUCCACACCGUUUACGCAGAUCUCGUGGACGCCCUCGGUUUCAGUUCCACCGCCAAGACAGACGCCAACGGCAAAGAGGGAAACGUCGUUUUUCUGAGAACUAUCAUCACCGCGCUUACCCUUCAACCUUGCAACCCGAGCGUACUUGAUGCCCGAGAGGCUAUUAUCCAAGCGGACCAGACCCUCAACAACGGUGCCAAUGAAUGCACUUUGAGAAAGUCAUUCGCCAAGAAGGGCCUUGGAUUGAACGCAACUCCCGAUUUCCAGGACGAUGACACCAUUCCUGAGAAUUGUCGCUAUUAGGGAAACAGACUUUGUAUACCCUUGUGGACUAGACUAACUUUCGCUGGUACUUACACUCA